GGGCGCCAGUUCGACGAAAGAACUUCUCACACAAUCCUCAACAAUUUUAUUCGACCUCACUCAGAGUAGGGAACUAUAGGGUUUCCUCCACCACUCUAAAAAUAUAAGGACACACUGGAAUGUAUCCUACAGCGAGUCACGAAAUCAGUUCGGAAACUCAAAUUUAAAUCUUACAAAGAGCGCCUAAAAUCGCUGAACAUUUGCCCAUCAGAGUACAGGCGUCCUAGAGGUGUCCUAAAAACUUACAACAUCCUAAACACUUUCAGGCAUCCCCUUGAACACCUACUUGAGCUUAGUCCCAAUACAAAACUUAGGAGUAACACCCAGAAUCUGGAGACACAACAUCUCGGAAUGGAUUGCAGACCCACUUUCUACUCCUUGAGAGUAGUCGAAUGCUGGAAUUUGGUGCCUGUUGAGCUAGUCUAAAUGACUCCUCAUGAGUACUUUAAGAGGGAACUUAACAUAUUCUUAAGAACAAUGGAACAGUAUCUCGCUGUAAUCUACAAUUUCUUCUUCCUUUUUCUCUUUUAUCGUUCAAAAUACCUAGGUUCCUACUCAGAGGCAUUGGUGAUCCACUACUAUUGGAUUCGGAAACAUGUUAAGCAAAAGAACAAUUUGAAACCACUGCUCAUGUGAAUAAAAAAUCGAUGCUGAUAAAAUCUAUAAUAACUGUUGAAGCUACAGGGGCAGACGCUUAUGAGCGAGUACAGUAGUUCCUCACCAUCGAUUUGUGGACAAAAAAGGUUCACCUACUUUGUAGUUUAUCAGAUUCAUUGUACAUUCGAAACUAUUAUGUUAGUUUGAUGUGUGCGUUACAGCUCGGGAUUUUGACAGAACUUGAGAAGAGCGCAGAAGGGAUAGCAAAUAAUUUAGACUCAUUGCUUCGUUCAUUAACGUCUACAUUAAGCCAGUGAAUUACUUGUGUUAUCGUGAUGGGCAGCUGCAAAUAUGUCUGACUCAAUCAACCAACAAAGGGGAAAAUGCGUUGGAAAAUAAAGGGAAAACGUGCCAAAAUGUCUGAUUUUUCUCCUGCCCAGGGGAAAUAAUGCAGAUUUUCCCCUUUUUGUCGCUCUGUCUCUCAAAUGUCGCUGAAUUGUCUACUUUUCGCCUAAACAUACGCCGAAUUGCCUACUUCUCGCCUAAAUACACGCCGAAUUAUCUACUUUUGCCACAACUUUUAAAACACCAUUGGCAUAACCCCAAAGGUCUCCUAUGUUCGCUUUUAUUCCCACAACACACUACACUAAAACUGCAAUCCACGGGAAAAAUGGUAUAUGCUUAAAUAAAUUUAUUAAAAAGAAAAAAGCGUAUUAUUAUACAGCAUCAUAGCAGAAGCUUGAGCAUCAAUCGUUAUGCUUUUUUUGUAAUUGCCAAUCCAUUGUUAUUUGAAAAGAUCUGCAAAAGAAGAAACAGGUUAUGUAUUUCUUCAAAGUUUGUCUUUAUUUCCCCCAUUUUAGCUUGGGUAACUGGAGAAUUAAGUUACUCUUUUAUUUAUUUACAAUAUACUGUAACACUUAACAUUAUAAUGCUAAGUGCUACUCUCCAUGUUCUGCAAGCAAAUGUGAAUACAUUCAUUCACCGAUAAAUAUUUAUGAUUCAGAUGACCAAUUGACAAUAUCAUAGGCGAACUACAUGGAAAACAUAGAGUUUCGAGAACUUUAGCCUCAUUUCUUAUUGUUCCUAGCUCGCUAGGUUCCCUCUUGUCGUAGAGUCGAUAACUGGGAUCUUAUUUCCUGCUGAUUGUAAACUAGUUCACACAGUUUCGUUAGUGCCGUAUUUUUAAUGUCGCUUCAUACUCAGUUAACAGAUCAGUAAAUUCAAAGUGUUUUUAAAUCUCAUCUCAAAACUAUAAUGUAUCAUAAUUUACCCCGGGAAUACUGACUAGUCGGAUGUAGAUGUCUGACUUUUGUCCAAGUGGGUAUUCGGCAUCCACCUACAUGGGCGGUUCGUCAGGGAAGUAUCAAAUGCGCCAUUUUCAUUUGGAUAAAAUAUUUUAUUUCAUAGUGACAUACCGUAAACAAACUCCAGCAUCAACGCGAUUUUUCACUUUUUUAACAUUUAAAUAUGAUUACACUUUAGGUAGAAGUGAAUUUUGUGCCGGUGAUAUUAUUCAAGAGAACAAUGAAGGCUCUACGACCAGGCCAAAGAACGGAACUCCACCUGAACUACAAAUCACCAUUUCGAGUGUCUUUAGUACUAAUAAAUCUGGAAAAAAUCAUGCAGUUUAUUUUCCAGCGCAACUUAUCUCACAUGCUAUUUCCAAAAUUUGUUUAAUGUCUAAAUGGGUCAUGACUAUACAAAGAGUGCCACAAAAUCAAACUUUGAGCUGAAAAGCUAAGUUGUCUGUUAUACAGUAGCUCGUUGGGCUUACAAAAUAUUGGUAAGGUUGGAUGUAAUUCGUAGUUUCUAAAAAUAUGACUCAUUAAUCACGUAAAUGCUUCCCAUAUGCCAUAGACAACAUCUUUUCUGAAAGGUCUACUCACACCACUUGACUAUUUAAACAGUGAUGGGUGAAGGCCAUUUCAAACUGAUAUCCCAUUUUACAUGAUUGUAGUUACUAAAUAUUAUCUUCGUCCAAAUGAUAAGGACACUACUGUUUUGGUUCUAUUUACCUCCUUUUCUUGUAAUUCCCUCUCCGUCAUUCUUGCUCCUUUCAUGUUGAAACCAACAUAAUGGCGUACUGUCUUCUUUAUGUUUUAGAUGUCAAGUCUUACCUUGGACUGUACAACUGUAUUUUCAGAUUCCGUGGAUUACGCUUGUGAAACUAUCGGUGCAUGUAUAAAGUCCACUUAUGUUUUGAUGGCCAAGUGCGAAGAAUUAUCCAAAUCUAUGUCUCAGCUGGAACCGUUAAAAAAAGAAAUUCCAUUAUAUUUUAUUUAUCAAGAAGCAUGGCCUGCAUCAUUAGCAUGGAAAUGUAGUGGUACACCAAUGUUAAAAGGACAACGUGUUCAGUUCAUUGAAGAAGCGACGGAAGUUUAUUAUGAUACAUUAAUGUCUGGAAGAUUUAUAGAAGAUAGAAAUUUAGACAUUGUCAUACCACCGAAUAGCAUAUUAAAAUCAAAAGAUUAUUUAAAUAUGCUUGAUCUAGUAAUACAUACAUCAGGAAAAAAUCUUGGUAAUCCAGUUGUAAUGCGGAUUAAUUGUGAAUUAAUGAAUAAUUUAAAAUGGGUCAAAGAAGUAUACAAUAGAGCAUUAUCCAGAAAUACAAAGACAUUUAGAGCUAUACUGGAUAUAAUUUAUAGAUUGGGUUUAUGCAUUCGUGAGAUUGAUCCACAUUUAAAUUGCCCAGAUGUUUGUCGUAGUAAAACACAUAAAUUUUGCAAAAACAAAUCAUACACUGUUGGUUUCUGUGGCACUUAUAUGAAUGACUUAUUACGUGAUGCAAAAAUCCAUUAUACAGAAGAGAAAAAAGUAAAAGAAUUAAAAAGGAUUUUGAAAGCUUGGUUAUUACAUGUACCUGUUGAGAGACGUCUACCGAUGGAAUUUUUUCUGCAUUUUAUUAAUAAUAAAAAAUUGUUUCUCAAAGUCAUUGAAAUUCAACGACAAAGUGCAUUGAUAGCUUAUUGUCCUUGUCAAGCUAAAUAUAUAUAUGACAGAAAUUCAGACACAUGUUCGAAAGUAAGAAGACAACAUAGUUGUUACAGUGACAGUUACUGUGCGAAUGGAGGCACAUGUGUACAAAAUCUGGAGAUUGAUCAUCUGGAGUCAGGCUUAUUUUGUCAAUGUCCACCUGCUUUUAAAGGUACUCAGUGCGAGUAUGAAAGAAAUCCAUGCGAAGAUGAAGUUGGCUGUGUUCCAUUUUCUUGUGUGCGAGAUCCACGAAAUUUAGAGUAUGGUUCCCGUUGUCAAUGUCCUACAACACAUCAACAUCAGACUGAAAGUGAACCCAGGUGUGUACCUAUAUCAGUUUGUGGUGAAUUCAAUAUAACAAGUGAAUCUAAAAUGAGAAGGCAACCAUGUAGGAAUUCGGGUCAGUGUAUCCAAGAUACUAAGAAUCCAACUUUGUAUAAAUGUAUUUGUAGCCAAGGUUAUACAGGUGAUCAUUGUGAGAUUGAACCAUCACCAGCUAUAUGGAGUGUAUGGUCAGCAUGGUCUAAUUGUUUAUGGCCUGACUUAAAUGAAAUAUGCCACAAAAAACCAUAUCGUCAACAAAUACGCACUUGUAUAACUAAUGCAAUCGGCCAAAAAUGUAUGGGGGAAACAAAAAGGAUAACACAUAUUGGAUGUGAUCUCAGUGUACUCCAUUCAAAAUCAGAGAUCAACGUAUCACAAACAAAACGUGAGAAUCUAAUAAACGCAUUAAAACUAUGUGAUUUAUAUAGUAAACAAUAUGUUAUGCCAACAAGUGAAUAUGGAUUAAAUCAACAAUUAAUAAUAGUUGAAGAAGCCGAUGAUUGGAUUACAACCGGUUUUGAGGAUGCACCACAACUACACUUGAGUGAGUCAACAGUAACUGAUCAAUCACAGUCAGCAAACUGGCCUACGAGACAAGACUAUCUACUCACCACAGGAUGGAUAUAUGUGACCAUAAUUCACAUAGGAACAAUACUUUUUUGGAUUCAUUACAUACACCGUUGGAGAACACAACGAAGAGAUUAG